GCUUGGCUUUCUUUCUCCAGGUCCACGGCAUCCAAUUCAUGGAGUUCUCGGAAGUGGAGAACCAGGAUGACUACUACAGCACGGAAGCUGGCUGUAUCCACACCCAGGACCAGCAAGGGGUGCAUGUCAUGUAUGAGGAAGCCUUGAGUGAUCUCAAGGAACUAGAGGCAGAGUUGCUGCUUGUGGCUAGCCAUUACAUUGAGAAAGAAAGGGGUCACAAAGUGGGCAGCCAGCCAAAGAGUGGCCAGGACUGGGGAUGGGCCCAUGCAGGUGUGGACAGAUUUGCUGUGCUCUAUGACAUAUGGACUUGGGAAGCAGCUCUUCUGGAAAACAAGCGCCAGCUUCUUGACAAUUACUUUGAAGCCUACCAGCACACGCUGGACCCUGAGGAGAGGUUCGCCUUAGCACAAGUGAUGACGGACAUCGUGCACCGGCGCCCGAGGUUUGAUCUCAGCCACCCCUAUUUCGUUAAGGCCUACCGAGAGGAAUGCACCUGCCUGAGGCUUCACCUGCAGUUAGUGAGGGGCAUCCUCACCCAGCAGAUAGAACGUCAGCGGGAGUAUGUCCAGAGGAUUUGGCGAGAGGAUCAUCUGGACAAUAGCAAUACAUUUGGACUUCCCCUUAAUAUAGUUUGCAAACAACUUAUUUCCAUCAACAAUAGCUGCCCGGCUUCAAAAAAUAUUUAUCUGCUGGAGUUCCACCCUUCCCUCAGCCUGGUAGCGCUUAUCCCCAAAGCCCUAGAGCAUCUCUUCCAAGAGGCCUGCCAUGCCUACAGACCCACAUCAGCCAGUGGCCUCGCCUCCCUGGAGCGACAUGUCCUGCAGCUGGCCCUGGGCCUGUGGCUCACCCCAGCCACGCCUGAGGCCUGCUACAGUGCACAGCUCCAGAAAGAUCUGUUUUCAGCUAAAGUUAUGGGAGAUCCCUUUCUCAUGGGGGAGAUAGGCCUGCUGGCAUUCAAGUCUGCAGCAGACGAAGGACGGAAACAAGGCCAAGACUCUCAUGUGCUACUCUUGGAGAUGUUUUCCAAACUUCUGGAACUCUUGACCCUCCGCCACCGGCUGAUAGAAAUGAGCCUGGAGAGUGCACACUUAGCUUGGCUCUAUAAAGAACUGGCAUGGGAGAUGGGUUUUGAAGAGUUCCAUCUGUAUCUGAGGCCUGUUCACUUUGAAUUUGCAUCACACAGGGACAGGGCAGACCAGCCACCUCCUGUCUUUAUAACCUCUCUGCUGGAGGACGGUGGGCGGGUAGACAGAUAUUCUCCUACUGCUCUUGUCUUAGCCAUCUCUGAGGUGGAUGAUAACCAAAUUGGCAAAUUUAGUUUUUACACAAAGGAAGCCAUUCUUAAGCUCUUGUUGCAUUCAGGAGUGGAAAAUAUGCAGGUAACUCUUGCUUGCCAAGCUGCUCAGAAAAAUGCUUUGAUGGUGGCUGUCCAGCAGGUGUACUUCUAUCACACCCCGCAAGGGAGCUGUCCUGCUAAUGUCGAGGAAAUAAGUUCAAAUCUGAGAACUCAUGGUGGAAUGGGCCCAACCAGAAGAAGACAGUCCAGAAUUGUGAAUGGUGUAGACGGCUCACUGAUAGCCCCAACUCCAAAAGUCCCAGCUGCUCUUACUCAUUCUCCAGAAAGAUUUCAGGCUACCAAAAGGGCUCCAGAGGCCUUUGUGUCUAUUCAACUGGAAAAGGUGGGGCUGCGGGACAUGAUGCUGAAUGCCUUCCUCCUGAGGAAACAAACCAUGGCUGACAGAAUGAAGAGCCCUGAUGAAAUUGGAAAAGUCAAGAGAGAUGUUAUAGUUGAAUAUUGUCAGAAGUUUAACCACCGCAUGUCUCACUAUGCUCUUCGGGGUCAGAUCAUGGCAUACUGCAAUAGCCUGAGAAAUCUUCUGGAAGAUUUUCCUACCAUCAGGGACACCUUUUUCAUGGUAGGGCAACCACAAGAGAAGAAGGGGUUGAGAGACUCCAAGGAGGGCCUCAAGGCUGACCCCAGAUUUCAGCCCCGGCCACGAUGUUUGCUGUCAGCGGAUGGAAAAGUCUUCCUCAAUUUAUGGUUCAUACCCCAUUCUUCUGAAGUGCUGAUUAUGUUCAAAACUCUGCCAGAAAAGGCAGCUUUUAAAGCCUUAAAGCGAACUUUACAGCUGAUAGCUCCUCUGCAUGAUAUCGUGGCCUACCUUGUCAGUUUUGCUAAGCUUGGCAAUUGUGCAGCAUGUUUUGAAUUUCCUCUAAGUCCCAACCCUUUGAGAGGAGACUGGGGAGGAACUGAGGGCAUUGGGUCUGAGCUUCAAGAGCUGCAGAACAUGAUUGACAGCCUCCAGAGCCCCCAAGACCCUACCCGGGUGGCCCAGGCACUUCUCCUCCGAAGGGAGGUUAUGAUUUUGCAGUUUGACGCUGCAGUGAGGCAUCUCAUCCGAAGAACGUUUUUGGCAGCUGGAAAUGUUCCUGCCUACCAGUCUGUCACAGACGGCAUGUGCCAUGGGCUACCAGCACUGAGCAACUGUCUCAGGAAGAGCAUUUUUGCCUCGCAGCUCAGCCUGCCCCAGCCACUGGAUCCACGGAGCCUCCAGGCAUUUGAGCUGUUUCCUUGGAGAGCAUUUCUGGAAGAUGGAGGACUAUUCCCAGCUAUGAGUAGCAGCCCAGACACCCUAGAAUAUAAUAUGCAGCUGUGCCUCUGUGGGUUGAGUGACCGUGACCACAAGGUGGCUCAUGGAGAACUGGUGGGUGUGCAACUGCUACUGGAAGAUGUUCUGAGUAGCUAUCAUGUGACCAUGGAGGCCCCCCCAAGACAGCAAGCCACACUGGGCAAAAAUGCACAGCCAGAUUGGUCCAAAGUGCCAGGAUUCAGAAGUCAGUUCCGAAACAGCCCAAAAGCCUCCAAGUUGCUGGAGGGCCCGUGCGAUGCGGUGAUGUCCCUUGCUUUGCUGAGAUCAUUUCUGAUACUGUGGAAGCAGCUGGAAGUGCUAAAGGAGCACUGGGGCCGACUCAAGCUGCAAGGCCAGGAUAUCAACUCUGUCUCUCUCCACAAACAGUUUUCAGAGCUCUACGAAACUGACAUUCUCUACCCCAGCAUGAAAGCUAUAGCUAGGCAGAUGGGGAAAGAAGAUGAAUUUGAAGGAUUUAUAGUAAAUAAUCAGUCUGUUCUUCCCCCCAGUGGAGCCUCAGAAAUUGAAAUAAAAACUCACCAGCUUCAAAAACUUCUGGAAAAUUUUGAAAUUCAUAUGAUCCAAGAGGUACUAAGAAAAGUUAACAGAGAGAUGAUACUGCUUUUAUCAGAAAAGUCCAAGAAGGAGUGUUCUCUCCCUACAGAUCUCUGGAAACACCAAGUCAUGAAAGAAAACUUUUCAGUCUCAAGACCACAAAUAGUUGAAAAAUUUAGACAGAGAUUAAUGCAGAAUUAUCCGGAUGAUGGAGUAGAGAUCACUUUCAGGAAAGAUCACCUUGAGGCCUGCCUCCUUUCCCUGGGUUGUGACAUGAUGGCAAGAGAACGCAGCAACUUUGAGACCUACUCCACGUGCUAUGAGCAUGUGUUGCAUCACGCUAGGCAGAGGCUCAGCCAGAAAGAGCAAGAAUUAGAUGCUGCACGGAGAGACCAGGGUCCGCCUGAAGACAGUGCUGGCCAGGUUGCAGAACUCAGUCAUGAUAUGAUCAUGGAAAUCACCGCUCUGAGAGCCCAACUCACAGACUUGGAAGAGGUGAAUCUGAAUCUCAAGAAGCAGAUUAGAAAAGAAGUCCAAGAAGAAUAUGAGGCAUUAGUCCGAGCUUUGUUUCAGACCUGUUUACACAUGAAAGAGAAGCUGGAUGAGAAUCAGCUUAAUUUGAUCCAGAAAGUGUGUGAGCUCAUCGGUGAAGUGAGAACAGAAGGGAUUGACAAUAUGAAGGACCUAAAGAAAAAAUGGGGCUCUGCCAGCCCUGAUGAAGGAAUGAAAGAAAACCCAGCCAAAGAACAGCUAUGGGCCUUGGAGCAGGACAACUGCAGCCUGGCCACCCUGGUGUGCAAAGUGAGGAGCCUGGGCCACUGGAGGCUGGCUGUGCAGCAGGCGCGCUUCCAGGCCCAGCUGAGCAGGGCAGAGAAGGAAGCUAUUCAAAGUAAAAAAGAGUGUUUGCGCAUCAAGCUGAUGGCAGAGCGAGAAGUGGGUUUAUUUCGUCAGCAGAUCCUGGCUCUCAGGCAGGCCCUGGCCAGGGCUCAGGCCGACAGCGCGAGGAUGUGGAAGCAGCAGGACAGCCAGGCUCAACUGCUGAAGGAGUUAGAACAUAGGGUGACCCAGGAAGCUCUCACCCAGGAGCAGCUGCACUUCAUGAAAACAUCCAGGAUGGAGAAGCUCUUGGAAGAUGUGGGGCAGAAAGAACAGCAAUUGCAGCUCCUUAGUAAAGAGGCUGAGAGGGCUUCUAAGCUGGGCCAGCUGCAGCAGAAAAAAAUGAAGAGAGACCUCCACCAGAUGAGAAGCCGGCUUGCCCAGGAGCGCAGUGUGAAGCUGGAUGCUCUCCAGCGUGUGGAGGAGCUGCAGAGUCAGCUUCACGAUGCCCAGCAGUCAGCUGUCCCCACGGGCUCCUCAGGCGACCUUAUAUCCCAGGCUCAAUACUCCCCAACUGCUGCUUCCAUAUCAUCCAGAUACUCCCAGCAACGCUUUUUAAAGACUAAUCUCAAAGGCAGUAAAAUAACAAGAUGGAUUCCAAGGCCACAGACUGUACCUAUCAAACACAAAAAAAGGAUUGAUGAUGUUCCCAAUAUGGCAGAAAAUGUUCAACUGACAGCUUUUCAGGUUCAAAUAGCUCCAUCCAGAUUCCCAUUUAGAGCUGACUGGUGAUCUAUCUUCUUUUUCCAACCUUUAUUUCUACGAGUAUUUGAAUGAAUAAAAAUGACUCCAAAUGCCACUAAA